AUGGUACUUGGUGGCGAUGUUUACGUAGAGAUUUUAAAAAAUGGCAUAUAUAAAAAAAAUGGAAUGCUGGGACAAAAUACGAAGCUGGGAUUGAUGUUGUCAGGUCCAUUAACAGUUCGAGCUCCAGGAGGAAAGAAAGUCGUUAAUGUCACUACAGAAAUUGAAAAACUUUGGGAAACAGAGGAAUUAGAAAAUGACAUGGUCUCAAACGACGACGAAAGAUGUCUUGAAAUAUAUGCUGCUACUACAAAAAGGAAUGCGGAUGGCCGAUUUGUAGUUCAAAUCCAGUUUAAAGAAGACUCAAAACUUGAAUCAUCAUACAAACAGGCAGCAGCAAGGUUCAGAAGCCUGGAGAGAAAAUUGAGCAAGGAUGAUGUCAUGAAAGCUGAGUACGCUCGAAUUAUGGAGGAGUACAUUGAGCUGGGACAUAUGAGGCUGGUGGAGGAGAUUCGCCGAGGUAAAUAUUAUUUACCACAUUAG